CAGACACCAUCUCGACAUCAACAUCGACUUCUCAACAAUCAAUCUCUCUUGUCACUGAUAGCUGAUAGCUUGAUUCGGUACAUCUUCGCUCUUGAAAUCACCACCAAACGCUUCUUGAAACAAUUCUCCGACUCGAAUACUACCUCCCACCGACAAUUUCCAGCCGCCAUACAGUACGACGUCGUGAUCAUGUCCUCUCGUCGUUCAGGACACCUCAUCGUCUCCCGAAACAACAAUCGAACCAAAAACAACUCUACCGCUACCGCCCCCGCCCGGGCGAGUAAACGACAAUGUGUGAGGGAGGAUAUCAAUUACGCCCCUGUCGCUCUGGUAGAGGAGGAAGAUCAGCGGGACGAAGACGAGUACGAGGAGGAAGAUGAUGAGGAAGCACCCGCUCCGGCAGCUAGUAAACGUCGAGGAAGGCCUUUAGGAUCUACCAAGCGAAAGGCUCCCGCUAGCGAAGAUGGCAUUGAAGACCAAUUACAACCUGAGCCGAAGAAGGGGAGGGGAAGGCCCAGGAAGGGAGCUGUUGCAGCUGUUGGAGUGAAGGGUGCUCAGAAGGCUCGAGCUAAAGGUGUAGGGAAGAAGCAGGCGCAGGUAGAGUCGGAAGAUGAGGUUAGGAGCGACGAGGAGGAAGAGCAACAGGCGGAUGAAGAAAGAGAAGAAGAACAGGAGAUUGAGGAUGAGGACCCGUUGCCAACCCCGGAAGAACUGAUGGACAAACGGAGGUUCCAUUCGUACUCCAAGUUCAAGUUGCCGGCGGAUUCGGAGGAUGAUACGGCGGAUGAUCUGACUUUUGCUGUGGGGAAGACCGUCGCUCUUCGCGCUCCCCCCGGAACAAAGACUGAAUGGCUAGCCCGCAUUGAUUACAUCGCCGCGGCAAACCAAGCUCUCGUUUACUGUCUCGUUACGUGGUUUUACCUUCCCGCACAGCUUCGAGAGGUAGGGAUUCCAACCAUUGGGAGGCCCAAGGUCUUGAAGGGAGAAGUUUAUCUGAGUGACCAUCGGGAGGUGAUCGAGACGAGUACUGUCGAUUCCCAUGUCCAAAUCGAUUUCCAUCCGAACUACCUGCCCGCCAAAUCCGAUUACUUUUAUCGCAAGCAGGUUGUUACAAAAGCCGAGACCCACAAGGAGCUCGGGGGCAAGGGGAGGUUUUACAAGCCUUACAUUGCGGAUGUCUCCGAGGAGUAGCCAAAUCCUUCCGCUCUCCUUUCGUCUCUACUUGCAACCAGCAUUCGACUUCUUCUCUUGUUCGCACUUCCAUUUCGCCCGAGUAAUCAUAUAUGUAAUCU